AAUGUACGCUGUGCGAAGAUUGCAUAUAUGCCAGUACGGCCAAAGCCUCACCUCUCCUCAUGCCAUAGCCUGGCAUGUGUUCAGCGUGCACACCAAUAGUGCGCACCCACAUACUCCCUUCGCUGAUCGACGCCAUCCAUGUGUAAUAAUAGAGCAGUGGGCCAAGAAAGGGUAUUGGGUGGGGAUGAUCCUGCGCACUGAUGCUUUGAAGAAUACCUAGGGCGCGUAGAGAAGGAAGGGAUGUUGACGGGCAGACCUUGCAGACUUAUACUAAUAUGCAUCGGUCGCCUCCUGUCAGGGCCGAGAUGCAACAGCGCUGAACAUGAUCAUGGAGCUCGGCUCCGAGGACUCGGCGAUGCCCCAAAAUCCUCCCCAAUCCACAAACUUCAACCAUUUGGAGAUCAUUGGUAUCUCCCCCGAAGGGCAGAGAUACUCGAAGGAAGAAUUGGCAGGAUUUCGUGACAAGAUAUUGAGAGAAGACUUGAAAUCAAGUGAUCUUCUUGUGAGCUUCGCAGACUUUGUCGAACAUCAAGGACAUGACAAGGAUGCGUUGCAAGAGGGCGAUACCAAUUGGCAAUAUCUUUUUGAUCGCUCAAAGGCGAUUCGAGCCUCAGAGAAGAACACCAGAGUGUUGAGAUCAAGUCUUCACCUUCAAGAUAUUCAACAGGUUUGGGGCUUUGAGUUCGCAAGCUCGCUCGGCAUCACCAGCGCAGCUUCUGUCAGCACUUUGAAUUGCGCCAGGUUAUGUUCUCGACGAUACAAGUCCAAAGAACAUUUUGUCAAGUUCGCCAAUCGAGUUCUGCUGAUCCGACACAAAUCCAUCAUAUUGGGCAAGAACAAUCUCCAAAACCUUGCUUCGACGGCAUCGCUACAGCUCAAUGAAUGGCAGAUCUUGAGCCGAAUGUGUCUAACUCGAGCUUCUAGCUGUGUUAACCAUACUUAUCAGGAUGUUCAGUUAUGUCAACAAGGCCCUGUUAGUGAAGAAGAGCUCCACAGCUGGAUUUACGAUACCGAUGGCUCGGUCGACGUCGACGGAAAGCCUUUGAAUCAAAGAGUCGACGGAGUACCUCAUUUCUGGGCCCUGGGGUGCAACAAAUUUUUCAUGUUUCAUCGCACAGGACGCUUUUGCCGCAAAGAGGACGUGGCAUCCUCUUACAGGCCGAAGCCAAAACGCACCAAUCUAUUGUCGUCAACUCCAAAGCGCAUCGCACCAAUCGCCGAGGCCAGACCGAAAUCUGCGAUGCCCAUGCAGUCCACUGCAAUUGGUCGGCAAGAAUCUCAAGACUGGAGUGUCGACGAGAUCGACAGUUGGUCCUUCAGCCCCAUACCAGCCGCCACGUCAGAUGGUCAUCAGGACACGAACAUGAUCAGCGAAUUUGACCUGACUGAGCAUUUCGCUUUGCCUGAAUCCCUCGACAUUUUCGGGCCAACAUGCGAAUCACCUCAGCUCCUACCUGCCAUUGAUUUUGGCCUGCCGGAAGGCUUCCUUGGCGAGCAGACCACAAUUGAAGGCGCUUGGCCGACAAUUCCGUGUCCAGCACGUCCGUCUCAAAAAUCUAAAGCUGGUCUGAUGCUCAUCAUCAUGUGUAUGGCGGAGUUGGAGGCGCAGGACGCUCUGGCCACUCACACCAAAGCUGUCGAAGAGACUGCAGUCUUGCCCAAUGCUGCACCGCUGGCGUUGGCAAGAGCUAAAUGGCUGUCAUCAGCAGCGAACUCCAAUGUGCUAUGCCGGACCAUGGAGAGCGCAAAAGAAUAUUUGCAGAACGGUGGCUCCUUCCGCCAGCCGACGUUGCUCACAGACGCUCCGGGCUUGCGCCGAGACGCGAACGAAGCGCUCGAGGCGGUGUCGGCGGCCUACGGAUACACGAACAUUCAAGCAAUUCAUGUGAAUGGAACGACGACAAAGAUGAGGACUCGUGCAUUUCUUUCUGUUUUCGGCACUUCAGAGCCGGUCCUCACGACGAACCUUGGACAUAGUGUUGACCUGCCAAAUCCCGCCAUUCUACGACAUCCUCGCUUUCAGCUCUUGCCUCAACUGAUUGUCAAACUCCCCAGGUGGGCUGAUCAAGAUAUCAGUGAAAUGGCAACCGACGCGAACGCUCGCCUGCGUGGCUCAACUUUUGGAAACGCGGGCGCCUUUACAGGCACUUAUUUCGACGCUCUCUCCCACCAUGUCUACCAAGUCCUUGAUGGCGAAGCCUGGUUCCUUUAUGCAUCGCCCAAUUCCAUGAACAGCUGCUGGGACAACCUGAUGGAUUUCGGCGCAGCCUGGCGGCCUGACAUCAACACAAGAGCGUUCUGCGCAAACGGUGGCGAGCUCGUCGUGAUACCGCCAGGUUUUGUGCACACGGUAUACUUCAGUCAGAACACCUUCUUGGCUUUGAACAUCGUGUGGGAUGCAUGCAGUAUGUCCGACCGCAUAACUUCUCCAAUGUUCCGCGAGACUCUCGGAACGAGCAGCGCAGCUCUGCUUUCCGAGAGGGAAGAGCUAUUGUGGACCUUGAUGGACCACCUCAGCCUUGACCCGAGUCAGAAGGCAAAGGACGCAACAGACGUACUUCGGAGCUUGGAGUGUGCUUGUGGGCAAUCAUGCACUAACCAUUGCUAUGUCCGCUCGCCACACGCAUCGUCUAAUAUAAGUCGUUGGGCGCAAUCAUUCUCAGUGCUGAGCCCCCUGAAACGCAAGCGGGGCGCGGAAUGACAGAACCAUUAGAAAAUUGUAUUUAAUCUUAUGUCGUAUCUCUCUAUUCUCGGAU